AGGUCUGGCCGCUGUCGGGGAGGCCUGGACCCUCCCGCUCCCGGCAGGAAUAGCCCUGCCGCGCACCGGGAGCCCCAUGGCCACCACAGCCCCACUCCGGCCCCAGCAAAGACUACGCACGGCCCGCGCCCCGCCGCCGCCCGGGACUACAACUCCCGCCGCGCCCCGCGGGCUGCCGCCGCCCGGGACUACAGCUCCCAUCGUGCCCUCGCCCGCUUUCUCCAAGCGCGGCGAAAGGCCUGGAAAGGACCUGGGCACUGGCGACGUCGUUCGGCUCCGGGCCCGGCCCGGCCCGGCGGAAAUGGCAGCGCUGGGCAGAUCCUGUCAGGGCAUCCCCUCCGGCCCCGCCGUGGAGUUCCCCCAGGUCCCCGCCAUGGCCCCUGACCGUCACGGCCCGGCGGCAGCUGUGCGGGACGACCCGCAGCCCGGAGCCUUCGGCCACGGCCGUCUGCAGCCGCCCAUGGUAAUAAUGGCAGGGAACGGAAACGAUGGCGGCGACGGCGGCGGCGGUUCCUCCGGCCUGUACCUGCAAAGCAGCUUCGACGUUGCCUCCCUGGCUGCGCUCGGGAGUUACAACGAGGGGCUGCCGGUGGCCCCGGUGGGCUCCUUCACCAGUGCGACACGCCCGCACGGCCUGCACCUGCAGCCGGGCCACGGCCAUGUCUCUGUUCGCUGUGGAAAGAAGCAUAAGCUAGAAGAAGAGGCAGAAGGUUGUCCUGUGCGGAAGAAGAGGCUGACAGGAGCCAAAAAUUGCCCUUUGAAUCCCAGCACUGAAGAAUGGAUUCUCUGUGCAGGUCAGGAGGCAGCUGGGGAGGUAGCAAGUCAUUGUGGUGGCAGCGGUCCUGGACCUGCCAUGUUAGAAAUUCCCUGUGAAGAAAUGGAUCAGACAAUGGGGGAACAGCAAUGCGAGGUUGCUCGCAGGAAGCUUCAGGAGAUUGAGGACAGGAUAAUUGAUGAAGAUGAGGAAGUUCAUGCUGAUGGAAGUGUUAGCAAUCUGCCCACUCUUAUCCUGUCAGAUACCCUUAAAAAAGGGAUGAAGAGGGAUUUUGGUGAAGUCCUGACAAAGAAAAUAAUAGAAUCUAUGAGCCGUCCCUCGAUGGAGCUGGUGCUUUGGAAACCUCUUCCUGAAUUUCUCACAGAUAAACUGAAGUCUGUUUCUGUUAAGAACAUGAAGGAGCAAAGUACAGAAGGGUGUCAAGCUAAACAGUCAGCACCAAGAGCUGCUUUUGACCCACAAACUGACACAUUCCCUGAAUCACAACAGACUGCCAUGUCUCCAGAUCCAUAUGCUCUUUUGGGAAUCUCUGGGUGUGCAGAAGAAGAAAUGGAGUUGUAGAUGCCAGAUUUUAGGAAGCGAACAUGGAUUGGCCAGAUACAACUCAGUGAAACUGACCCUCCCAAGAUUGCUGUACUCCACUUUGGUAAAUGGUCUUGUUUUUGCUGAGAAGGUAAUCCAGAGGCCUUUGGAAUGCAGGUGUAGCUUUUCCAUCUUGCUUAUUAGUGAAACAUCCUCUUAACUGUCCUUGGUAAAGUGUAAAGUUUAAAUACUGAAUGUAACUGUGGCUUAAGCCACAUCUUUCACUUACUGAGCCACUAAGACUCUGGUGCACAUACCACGCUUGGUCAGUUAGUUUAGUCUGAGUUAUGAAAAGGUAUGGAAAGGAAGAUACUAUUUCAAAUCCAGUCCCAGCUGGAAAAGCAAUCCCUAUGGAAAUGCAUCUUUUCAUGCUGCCCCAUCUGUGGCUGCUUUGUACUUGAUGCAAACUCAAAUGUAGAAAUGGAACGUUCUGCAGUGUGGUGGAGAAGGGAGUUAAAGCUGAGAUAAGCUUAUUGCUUUGUAGAAACUCAAACCACCUACUGACCUGGAAAAUAAAAAUACAUACUUCAGUCAUCUCUGGGUCAUUGGCUCCUAAAUUGUGGGGCGUUUAUGCUCCCCUCCUCACAUGAUAGUCUCAAGAAAAACACUUCUCAGACAGUUGAUUGACUUUGACCUUGUGCUCCUUGUGUGCAUCAGCUGGAAGUCAGUUGAACACUUAACUAAAUGGCUUGCUUUAGUUCUGUAAACAUAGUAAGUCAUCAGGAACAGGGAGCUGACUUGCUCUGGCACAAGGAGGGCCAAAUUCUGGUUAUUGUCUGUAACCAAGCCCCAGAUUUUGAGACUGCUGGUGGUGAAGCGUCUUCCCCUAAGGGACUCUAGACUUAAGCCAGAACACGUGCUGUUGCCAUAAAUGACGUAGCUCAUACAGAUACAUGUCAAAAGAAUUUUGUACCCUGCUUGGAGUGUUACAGAAUCCUCAAUGAGUUAGUAUUUGUACCUUUCCUUAAUGCACAACAGUUCCAUUAUGCUUAAAACCCUUAAAGCAGAGUCUUCUCUGAGAAAGCUCAAGGGCUUAAAAGCUGUGAGUUGUGGCUUCUCCUAAGAGAUCCCUUUCCAGGUGAUAGGUACUGCUCAGCGUUACAGCAUUGCAGUCUGGCUUUACCUUAGGCAGAUGAUAAGCACACAGCAGUACAGAUGUUUGUGUGAGAGGGAUCUGUUCUUCCUCUGCAUGGCUCAUGGGUAAUCUGUGAUGAUACUCUUUACUGUCAGAGAAGCCCGAAGUGGUACUUCAGAACUGAGCUUCUCUUUCUGCAGUCGUCAUUUCUUUUCUCCUAGCUGACAGCAGCAGCUUUGUUCAGAGGAUGCCCUGUUCGUUAAGCCCUGUCUUGCUGCUCCUGUCAAAGCUUGUGUGACAUAUUCUGUCUCUUGCCAGGACAUUUCAGAGCUUCACUAAAACCAUUCCAGCACUUGAGUAGGUACUGCUCUAGAAGCUGAUGUGUAAGUUUACCAUUCUGGAAGCUUUGUUAGCUUGGAGAACGUGUGCAGCUUUAUCUUGCCAUUAUAGCCAGUUUUGUUUCAGGGUCUGCUAUAUGUCUCUUGCAUGUGCUAAGCAAAUUUUUUUCCCUGUAUUAGUAAGCUGCCAAACAUGCUUAAAAACUCACAGUCUCUGUGCUACGUUGCUUGAAUCUAAAGCAAUGCAGUUGGGAGAAGGCUGUAGUCACAGUGAGUAGAAAAUGUGAGGACUCCACAGCCUGUAGGGCUAGGGUGAAAGGUCAACAGUGGAAGUGAUUUAGGCUUCAGAGCUGUCAACUAAAAAAGCCAAAAAGAAAGUAUUAAAAAGUUUUAUUUAAACCACCUCAGCAACACUAAAAUUUUGAAAAGAUGUAGAAAACUGGGCUAGACUUUAAUGUGUCAAAUCUACAUUUUCCUCUUAAAAAUGACAAAGCAAAUAUGCAGAUUGCUUCCAAACACACUCUUCUCCUGUUACAUUUGUGCCAAAGGUUGACUUCCAGAGUCAUUUGAUAUUAAUGUGGCAUCACUGAUGCCUGUUAAUCUGCCUCCUGAAAUGGGAAUGUUGUCCAGGGCUGCUGGCAAAGACAGAGAUGGGGAAAAUUGUCCAAGGCAUUUGCUUUGGUAGAAAACAUUUUUUGGUAAUAAUUAAUUUCCACCCUUCUGUUAGAACAGUUUUCAAUCAAAAUUGAUGAAGAGCAUCAUGGAAGACUGAGGAGAGCCUUGCUGUAGCAGUCAUUUGGAGAGGGCAAAGAGAGAACAAGUUACUGGGUGUUUUUAAACUUGUGUGUUUGUACCAGUUCCAUUGGUUGGUGGCUUCCUGGAAGGACUUCCUUUGCUGCUGUCUACAGGCAAAUGUAAUGAAGUAUUAGGGAAAAACUUAAUUUUGAAAUACAGAAGAUCUGAUUCUGGUCUAUCUUGGGACCAAAUUCCCCUUUGUAUGUCAGUUUUCAAUAAAUUUUCUGAAAUAUUUUGUA